AUGCACGAUCUGAAUGAAGCUCUCGACGAUCUUCGUGCCGUCAUACCGUAUGCUCACGGAGGAUCAGUGAGAAAGCUGAGCAAGAUUGCCACGUUGCUCUUGGCCAAAAAUCAUAUCAUUAUGCAGGCAAAAGCCAUUGAUGAGCUAACUGCACUCGUCUCUCAAAUGAAGAAGAAGAAUCUGGAAUCUUCUGAAGACGUGGCGGCGGAGCAGGAGAAGUCUUCAAAAUCUGAUAUUUGA